AACUUUAAGGGCUACCGAAAGUAUGGCCAUUAUGGUCACUUUCGGCGAAAAAGUCUAGCUCAAGAAACAUAUUGUUAAAACAUAAUGUAUCAGCCACCUUUGCCGCCUCCACAGGAGUUUCCCACGCAACCUCCGCCACCGCCUCCCCCACCACCAGCUAAAACAAAGGACCUGUUGCCGCCCGGCUUGAAAACCGAAGCCCCACCUGGCACUAAUGAUCCGACUGUGUCACCUCCGGGCACCUUUGACUACGUGCAGCAAUUUUCGAGUGUGAAUAAUCCCUACCACACUCAAAGUUCUUCCACAAAUUACUUUAAAUACGCUGGACCGGCUUAUGCGCCAUACGCUGCAGGACCACCGCCACCGUACGCAGCCCCAUAUUCAUAUGACAGCUUCUCAUACAAGGAGGGUUACGGACAUACAAACUACCAUCAGCCGGCUGGCUCAUAUGACUAUGAGGCAUACGGAAAGAGUUCCUACUCAUACAAGUAUCAGGAACGAUAUGACUACACCCCAAACUAUCGACCGCCCAAUCAAAGAUACGCGAACUACAACAAUGCCAGCUACCAGGGGAACUACGGUGGCUACAAUUACGGCAAUCGCUACGAACCACGCUACUAUAAUCCACGACAAAUGCGUGCUGGCUUCCCUCCUGCGCCCGGGCGCACCAAUUUUAAGGGCGUGUCCAUGCGCGAUUGGAGCGAAUCGGCGUCGAAUCCGCCAAAGCUGGAAACGGAACGUGAUCGCCUUUUGCGUCAAUGGUGCUCCAACUAUUGUGAAAAGCCAGAGGAUUAUAUUAAGAAAAUGAACGCAUUAAGCGAGGCAGAAGUGCCAGCCGAGUCCUGGGUACGUUCUUCGCCCGCUGAGCUCUACUACGAACGCACCAAGACCGAGCAUGAGGUUAAGGCCAAGACACGUCUGCAUAAAUUGUGCGCUCUGUUCGAUGAUGAGCUCCUUCAACGCGCUGACCGUGUGCGCCAGACCUUGCCCGUUUAUGUACCGCCUGCGAGGAAAUCGCGACGACGUGCAUGCAAGCACAAGCACAAGUCGGAGGCGUGCUCCUCCAGUUCUGAUUCCGACUCGGAUGAGGAUGCGUUCAAAAUUGAGCAGGACUGCUGCAUGGAAGAGUUGUCGUGCAAGGUGCAGCAUCCGCAGCGGGUACAUCCCGAUCUAUGGCACAACGACGCCGGCGAGAUGAACGAUGGUCCGCUGUGCCGCUGCUCGGCCAAGUCGCGACGCAUUGGCAUACGGCACGGCAUCUAUCCCGGUGAAAAGGGCUAUCCGUUGUGCGAUAAGGAUACAAAUAAUGCGGCUAGCCUCUACCAUUAUCGCAUUACCAUAUCGCCGCCCACAAACUUUCUGACAAAGACACCGACUAUUAUCAAGCACGAUGAGCAUGAGUUCCUUUUCGAGGGCUUCUCUUUACUCUCCCAUGUGCGGCUUACCGAUCUACCUGUCUGUAAGGUGAUACGCUUUAACAUUGAGUACACUAUUGAGUACGACGAGGAGAAGAUGCCGGAGAACUUUACCAUACGCGAAUUGGAUUUGUUUUUUAAAUAUCUUUUCCAUGAGCUGCUGGAGCUGGUUGACUUCAAUCUGAUACCAAACGGCGCCAUAAAUGGCGAAGAAUCCUGUCCAGCCUUUCAUUUCUUGCCGCGCUUUGUGCGCGAGCUUCCCGACAACGGCAAAGAAGUGCUUGCCAUGUGCGAGGUGCUCAAGUAUCUACUGGAUAAUUCAGCCGAGCUGGUGGAGCGUCAACAAUUGCUGCACCUAAAUCAAAUCAGUCAGCAUGAGUGGCAAAAAUACGUGGACUUCAUCAAGGGCAUGCUGGUGACCAAGCCUGGGUAUAAGCCUUGUUCGCUGCGCGUCGAUCAACUGGAUCGCAACAAUUCAGAUUUGCCAGAGUGCUUGGAUCGGGAGACAGGCAUCUCGCAUCCGGCGAUUGUACACUUUGGCAUUCGGCCACCGCAACUAAGUUAUGCGGGCAAUCCUGAGUAUCAAAAGGCAUGGCGUGAAUAUGUUAAAUUUCGUCAUCUAAUGGCCAACAUGUCGAAGCCAUCGUUCAAAGACAAACGCAAGCUGGAGGACAAGGAGCAGCGACUGCAGGAGAUGCGCACGCAAGGACGCAUGAAGCGUAACAUUACCGUGGCCAUCAGCUCCGAGGGCUUCUAUCGCACGGGCAUUAUGUGCGACAUUGUGCAGCAUGCGAUGCUCAUACCGGUGCUCACUGGCCAUUUGCGGUUUCACAAGUCUCUGGAUUUGCUGGAGGAGAGCAUUGGCUAUAAGUUCAAGAAUCGUUAUUUGCUUCAACUGGCAUUGACACAUCCAUCCUACAAGGAGAACUAUGGCACUAAUCCGGAUCAUGCACGCAAUUCGCUUACGAAUUGCGGAAUACGACAGCCGGAAUACGGCGAUCGAAAGAUACACUAUAUGAACACACGCAAGCGUGGCAUUAAUACGCUGGUCAGCAUAAUGUCACGGUUUGGCAAGGAUCACGAGACCGUUUCGAAUAUUACGCAUAACGAACGCCUGGAAUUUCUUGGCGAUGCUGUUGUCGAGUUUCUGAGCUCCAUACAUUUGUUUUUCAUGUUUCCGGAGUUGGAGGAGGGCGGCCUGGCCACUUACCGCGCGGCUAUUGUUCAGAAUCAGCACCUGGCUUUGCUGGCAAAAAAAUUACAGCUCGAGGAAUUCAUGCUGUAUGCUCACGGCUCCGAUCUGUGUCAUGAGCUCGAGCUACGUCAUGCCAUGGCCAAUUGUUUUGAGGCCCUAAUGGGCGCUCUACUCCUAGAUGGUGGCAUCAAAGUGGCCGAUGAAGUGUUUACCGAUGCGCUGUUUCGGCAGGACGAGAAGCUGUUGAAAAUAUGGAAAAAUCUGCCGGAGCAUCCACUGCAGGAACAGGAACCGCUCGGCGAUCGUAGCUGCAUUGAUUCGUAUCGUGUCCUCAAGGAUCUGACCAAAUUUGAAGAUUCCAUUGGCAUUAAGUUUAAGCAUAUUCGUUUGCUGGCACGUGCCUUUACCGAUCGCUCAAUUGGCUUUACCCACUUGACGCUUGGUUCCAAUCAACGACUAGAGUUUCUCGGCGAUACUGUGUUGCAAUUGAUUUGCUCGGAAUAUUUAUACCGUCAUUUUCCGGAGCAUCAUGAGGGUCAUUUAUCCCUGCUUCGCUCCUCACUCGUCAACAAUCGCACUCAGGCCGUUGUCUGCGAUGAUUUGGGAAUGCCUAAGUACGCCGUCUAUGCCAAUCCUAAGGCCGACUUGAAGACCAAAGAUCGUGCUGAUCUGCUGGAAGCCUUCUUGGGCGCUUUGUAUGUCGACAAGGGACUGCUCUAUUGCGAACAGUUCUGCCAUGUCUGCCUCUUCCCACGCCUGCAGCUGUUCAUUAUGAAUCAGGACUGGAACGAUCCCAAGUCAAAGCUGCAACAGUGCUGUCUCACAUUGCGCACUAUGGAUGGCGGCGAGCCUGAUAUACCCUACUACAAGGUGGUCGAGGCUAGCGGACCCACAAAUACGCGCGUGUACAAAGUGGCUGUUUAUUUCCGCUCCAAGCGUUUGGCCACAGCCAGCGGCUCAUCCAUUCAACAGGCAGAGAUGAAUGCGGCUAAGCAAGCGCUGGAAAACUCGCGGGAUUUGUUUCCUCAGCUGGACCAUCAAAAGCGUGUCAUUGCCAAGAGCAUUAAGAAACAGACAGGCAGCGAAAUGGAUACCGAUGCCGAUAAGCCCCAAGACGAUAAGGCCAAGAAGCCUAAAUAUGCGCCGCCACUUGAGGAUGAGUCACACUUGCCCAAACAAUAUCGCAUGCAUGAGAAUAUAUCCAGCGACGAGUUGCCUGAAGAUGAUGACGAUGACAAUGUUGCUACUAAUAGACCCACUUCGCCAGUUCAAAUUUCAAGGAGAGCAAGUAGCAGCAGCAGCAAUAGUGAUACCGACAGCUCCAGUACACCGCCAAAGCGACGGCCUCGACUACAGGAAGCUUCGAUUUCUCCAGUAUCCUCGUCAUCUUUAUAAUUGUAAAUUUGUUAGCUUGUAACUAGUCCAUUUAUGAUAAAUAUAGCAAAAGCGAUCUUAGCACAGUGUC